UUAACGAAUGUGCCUUGAAAUAAGUUGUUGAACGAAAGUGACGUUUAAAAAAGUUGGCGCGACUUGGAAAUUGGAAGGCGUUUUCAAUUAAAACCGAACUAACUAACGUAACCUUAUAACAUAGUAGGUUUAUGCUUCUCGAGAUGGCUAGGGGUCACUAGCCUCUCAUACCGUACAGAUCGCGGGUUCCUUUUUUUUCGGUCGGUAGGUACGCUGUCGUACUUAUUUCUUUAUUAGAAAUCGUGCCGUGUGACAUUGACUUUAACGUGUUCAUCAUCGUUACUUUAUCAUUAUUAUUUAGUACUUUCACGAUUAAUUGUCAUAAUACCAGUCUCAGCCGUGUACGUGAUAAUAACAAUUGUCGUAUCGACGAGUUGAAAAAAAAUACGAGCUCUUCUCGGUUGACACCGAAGCGACAUCGCGAUUGACACGUCAAACGUUUUGAGAGACUUCGCCGUAUGAAAUAUCGUUUAACCCUUUCCAUGUAAUCUACCUUUCCCUACCUCACCACCCGCCCGCCCCACUUCCCAUCCCCCACCUAUCCCAUUAUCCUUUUCCUCCUCCUCCUCCUCAUUUUCCUCCUCUUCCUCUUCUAUCUCCUCGUUACUCCGUUCUCUUUGACACUCUCUAUCUUCGUCUCAUUCAGACGUUUCAUUGUUGUCACAUUGAUUGAAUUAUCGUUUCCCUUCUUUCCACUCUCACACGCGCUAACUUUAUAUUUUCCUUUUUCUUCUUCUCGUGGGUAAGCAUAAUAAAGUGAGGUUAUGUAUCUACGACGGGCGCAGCAACGUCGUAGCGCGGUGAUUUUCUUAACCGGCAAGAGAGAGAAAUAAAUGACGCAGAUCUUUCAUAAGUGUGUGCGAGGAUGGUGAAAAAUAAGACGAUGGGACCGUUUGCGUAAAUAAAACAGAGAGAGAGAGAGAGAGAGUGAGAGAGGGAGAAAAGAGAGAGAGAGAGAGAGAGAGAGUGUGUGUGUAUGUGUAUAUUCCGAUUGAAAUAAUUACGUGUCAUUGAUAUCGGAGUACAUCUAACCUUUUGAUGAAGUCGAUAAGUCGUUAAAGAAAGAGGCAAUAUGCUGUGGGAUAUGUGAAGGAGCCCUUGGAAUCUUACAUAUUCAAUAUGAUAUGUAUCUACCAGUGAGCAAAGUAGCUGCAGGCAGCUUAUAGUUCCAUAAAAUGACCAAAGAUGUCCUUACGAUAAUGAUACCGUACAUUUAGAAUGUACAAGUUUGUUUAUAUUAUAUUCGUGGGAUAAAAUGUCUCAGGUAGAGAAAAGAAUUUAAAUUUAUUUACAUUAAAAUGGCAGAAAUUAGUACAGAGGAUACCGAAAACAUUAGGAAAAUAAUUGGCGUUGAGGAAGCUAUAAAUGAAAACGCUAUGUGUUUAAAGAAUAAAGAAACAAAGUCUAACGAAGAAGAGCCAGGACAAAUUUCAUCUUUAGAAGAAAAUGAUAAUAAUGACAAAUCUUCAAAUUCCACUGAUGCAUUCCCAUCGCUUAUAAAAUGCAGCGAAGAUAACACCUUGAAAAAUACAAAAGAUGAUUCUUGCAUACCAUGUUCCGCCAAUGACAAUACGUUAAAGAUUGACAAUUCAACAAAUAAAUUUAGCAAUGUAAAGGACGUUGAAGAUAUUGACCGAGAGAAAAUACAAGAAAAUAAUUCUGAAAAUGAAAAUAGUAAUGUUAUAAUAAUAUCUGAAGAAAUUGAAAAAUUGAAUAAAGAUGAAGAGACAGAUUGUAAGGACGAAAAUUACACGGAUACGGAAGGAUCGACCGAUCGUUUGGAAAUUGUAAUGAGCGAUGUGAAUGACGAAAAGGUGCUUGAGAAUGUAGAGAUAAGGAAAGAGAUUAAUAAGGAUAAUUUUAACACCGACGACGAGCUUUCCUUGGAAGAAGAAUCGCGAGAAUUAAAAAAAGAAUCGAUCGAAAAGAAAACGUCCGUAAAGAUCGACGAAGAAUCAGAAGUUGGAAUAGUUGGUCCACCUACCGCGGUUAGUGAUCUUAUAAACGAGGAGGAACUGCAUGGAGAAUCUACUUUAUCGACGGAGAAAAAGGUUAAGGAUCAUGUUGCCGAAUGGGUUCAAAAAUCUGUCGCUACGGAAGCUUUAAUUACCGGCGAAAUCGAAGAAGAAGAAAAUGAAAUUCCAAUUAAUUGUCGACGAAGAAGAAGGAAUCUCAGAGAUAGGCGAAGUAGAAAGAGAGAAAAUGAAGAUCUUCCUUCGGUGUCCAGCAGAAAAUCCCAAAGGAUCGUUAGUAACAUCAUAAAACGAAGUAUCAAAUGCGCUUCAUCCAAUUGUUGUUACAGUUUGAACAAGAUGCACGCGAUGGAAGGUUCCGGUGGAAACGGGAAGAAGGUGGAUGCUGCGGAGAAGACGAGAGAGGAGGAUUCGUCUAGAACGUCACCAAAAGUCCCUCAAAAUCAACAAAAUGGUGCAGCACUUCCGGAAGAAACCGCAGCAGCAUCAACGACGACCGCGGAUCGUCUUCGAUCGUCGUCGAUAAAGAAGGAACCUUUAUGCGACACGGAUUUAGAAACGGCGGGAAAAUCUUUAUCCUCGUCCGAUGGUUCGCAACAAAAGGAACGCGCGCCUAUGCGUUCUCUAAAACCCGAGGUAGCUGAAAGUGGCAGAAAACGUAAAUCAACGGACGGACAGUUAUCCUCUAAUGGGAAUUCCGCACCGAAAAAGUUCUGCCUUGAGCAACGAGAACAAUAUAUAUCGUUUGUCGUUGGCUGUGAAAAACUUAACGCCGAUGAACUCGCCGUAAGAGCUGAUCAACUACGCGCCGAAGUUCAGGCCCUUGACGAGCUAGCCCGUGCCAAAGAAAUGGAAUGGAAUGAAAUCUUGAGUAUGAGAAAGCUCAAAGAAGAGGCGUACCUGAGAGUUGAAAGGAGGAGACAGGUUUUAGGAUUUAUGGAAGGAAAUAGACAGAUGGGAGAAACCUUACCACCAGCGAGUUUGUCUCUGGGACCUGAAUGGGAAAGCAGUGACAGCACGACGCCCGUGCCUAAAGAAAAAUGUUCCUUCGAUUCGAAAGAAGACGUUCCCGAAGAAACUUCUCAAGAUUUACCAACUUAUAAAAAAGAAAAGAGUUCAAAGGCAUCAUCACAUAGACAAGUGACACCACCUAAGCAAACUGGUGAGAACGGUCGAAAACAAACAGAGGCAAUGAGUCCUGAAAAUAGACAAAUUGGAGAAGGUCGUCAAGGUACGAUCGUUGAUGUUAGAUCUAUCAUCGCUGACUACAGGCUUAGACAUCCAGAAAUGGUACCACGACGGGGCCGGAGAAUGAGGAAUUCAGUAAACGUCGGUUUGGGCGCGGGUGGAGCUAUGGUCGAAACAGGGCACAACGUAGACUCGCGACCAUCCAGUACGGAUUCUUGUAAAAGCAAUCCGAAUGCCGCUGACCCUAACAAUUCCAUGAGCUUCAAAGACGUGCUCGUUCAAUUUGCAAAGUUAAGCCAACAACAAGGGGAACCAGUGAAAACGCCCCAGAAUUAUCCAGAUGUAACUUUGCAUCCUGUAGCGCCAUCAGCGACCCCACAAACUACGCAAACUCAAUCGACUGGUUCAUUACUUCAUGGAAUUCUCACUAAAUCGCAAUCUCCUAGACCAACCACCUUUUCACCCACUUUAGCCAGGUUACUCACAGCUCCUGAAAGGGAAAGGAGCACUCCUACCGUCACAUCUAUACCACAGCAAAGUACUGCAACCCAACACCUUUUACAAGCGUAUCAAGGCUCUAAUCCGGUUUCUAUCAGCGAUCUCCUAUCUUCUUCCAAGGCAAGAACAGAAAUAACCAUUACGCCAGUUGUCAAUACGGCGGUGCAAUCUCAUUCUAAUAAUUUAAUUCACGUGGAGGAUGUGGAAGAAGAAGCUGCAGUUAUAGAGGAUAGAGAAACUCGAAUUUCCUCGGGUGGAAGGGAUACCAGAGACGAUAGAGAUAGUCCACCACGUUGUCAAGGUUGCCAUGAACGUGCUGCACAGUUCGUGUGCGCUGGCUGUGGUAAUCAGUGGUAUUGCAGUCGCGAAUGUCAAGUCGCGGCAUGGGACGAACACUCCGAAGUGUGUUCUGGCUAAAAUUGAAGUAUUAAAUAUUUCAUUCGAGUAUUUAAAUACUUCUUGAAUAGACAGGUGAAACGACCUGCACAACUAAGAAUGAAUCUAGUCAAGAAACGAAUGUCACGAGCUUGAUUCUUAACGAGCAAGAUAUGAAAAAAGUGUUAUAAGAACAUUGUAUAUUUUUAAGAGUGUUUAAGUAUGUUUAAUCUGUAAAAAUUGAACUAUAACUUUAAUUUCAAGACGGAAUGAUUGCCAAAAUUUCCUGUGUCACGCUACAAGUUAUGAAUGUAGCAUAGAGAAAAGUCUUAAACGUGUUUAGAAGUAAAAAAAAAAAAAAAAAAAAAAAAA